UGCUCAUCAAUUCAGGGAUUGCAUUUUGUCGAGGAAACAGAAAGGCCUAGACCGGUGUUCAGCAGUUUGGAACAAAAUGAGGUCGUACGUGUGUGCAGGGAUUGCAUGUGUUCUCUUAUCGAGUCUCUCAGUUGUUUCAUCCCUUGAUUGGGAUUUCAAACAAGGCCAGACUGCUUGCAUCAAAGUAAAAUGGGAAGUACAGAACAUGGACUUAACGGGAACUUCACCCACAGGCGAAGGACGAAAGGCAAAGGUAGAACCAGCAGCAGGUAAAGUGAGCAGCCUAUCCAAAUGUCCAAGUAACGGCAUCAGUACUCUGAAUGUGGAUUUUCCUGAUGAUGUGAGUCUGUCAUUUACCUUUAUUGAAAAGGAUAACAUGGUGAUUAUGGAUGGUACUUUGACCUUUGUUCCCUUCAAGGUGCUUGGAAAUUCGUUUGAAAAUAUAACCGCUACGCUUUCUAUGAAUGGUGAGCUGAAUCUGUCUGCAAACGAUAAAUCCUUCACCUGUACCAGUCCUCUCACAAUGAAGUUUACCACAGCAACAGCAAACAACACCUAUGCCCUGGACAUGGUGGCUAUUGAUUCACAGAUACAGGCAUUUGGUGUCACCAAUGGUGCUUUCAGUGACGGUUCACCGUGUGAAGCUGAUCUGGCUAACACCACUGUCUCUACAGAGGAGCCUGCCACAACUGCUGCACCAAAUUCAACAGUUGUAACCACAGUGAAUCCAAAUGAGAAUAAAACAACAGAAGCCCCCACAACAGAAGCGCCUACCACAGCAGGCCCAACUACAGAAGCCCCUACCACAGAGGCCCCCACCACUGCCUCUCCAUCCAUAGGCCCUAAAUAUUACUUCCCAAAUGAGACAGACCCCUGCAUUAUUGUUGCAGGAAAUUUCAAGAUAAAAGUGAUGUACACAAAAAAGGACAAUACCACUGGUGAUGCAGAGUUGAUGGUUCCAGCUACUGCAAAAAUUAAUGGAACUUGUCCACAGGAUUCAAAUUCUAUGAUCACCAUGUCAUGGAAGCAGACAGGGUCGGAAGCCAUGAGGAUGGUGCGAAUGUCAUUCAAUUCCAACGCUGAUCAAGUUAAGAUCAGUACUAUCUCCCUGGAUGUGACUCUGGACAAUGCUACCUUCCCUGACACAAAAGAUGAUGAACUGAAAAACGAUUUUGAUGUAAAUAUUCCUCUUUCCAAAACCACUGGCUAUUACAAAUGUGAAGCCAAGGUGGACGUGACACUCGGAGAUAACACCUUGUCGAUGACAGAUGUGGCUAUUCAAGCAUUCAAUGUUAAUGGGUCCUCCUUCACAGGCGAGCGUGAGGAAUGUGCAGCAGACAGUCCAACAACUGUGGCCCCAGUUACAACCCCUGCCCCCGUUACUCCAACCCCAGGAUCACCACCUACCAAUAAAUAUACAUUCGCUGGGAACUGCAUUGUCCUCAGCGCUGGGCUCGAAUUUGUCAUCCCUUACAUGAUGAAAGACGAUAAAAACGGUAGCGUCACUGUUGGAAUCCCAAAAAAUUUUACAACCAAUGGAUCCUGUGGAAAUGUCACUCAGAUGCUGGAAGUGACAUUCUAUGAGGAAUGGAAAAUGCAAAUGAUGUUCAAUGGAGGUGGAAGUGCAAGUCUCCUUGCGGAUAGUGACAGUUUCUACCUUGAGGAGAUAAAACUUACCUAUGUCCUGCAGCCCGAUAUUUUCAAAGAUGCUAAGAACGCUAAUGUUAAAAUGGUAGCAAACAGUACUUUUGAUUCAUCACAGUUUUCUGCUAAAAAAACGGGAAGUUAUGAAUGUAAUAGCAAAUUGGACUUAAGCUUGAACAAUGGUGUGACAUUGAACACAAACAACCUCCAAGUAAAGGCAUUCUCAGCAAAGAACUCAACUGACUUCCCAAGUGGAGAUUUGUCAGAGUGUCCACAGGAUUCCGACACCAACAGUGUUGUACCUAUUGCGGUUGGAGCAGCUUUGGCUGGUCUGGUGGUUAUUGUUUUAAUAGCCUACCUUAUUGGUCGUCGUAGAAGCAGGAGCGGCUACCAACAGGUGUAGGCCAUCAGCAUCCUGUGUCUCAAGAAUGUGAUAUCAGCUUCCAUAUCAAAAGGCUGUCAAUUUUCGGCUUAUAUAUAUUUCUCAUGUGGAUUUAAACAAUUGGACAAGCAAAUCUUACAGCCAUCUUUUUUUGUUUAUUGCUUUUGGAGAUAAAAAGAUAUGAAAACAUGAGAAAAAUGAUCACACGAAAAUAUAAGAACUUCAUUCUAAAUUUAUUUUUUAUUUUUUCCAAAUGUGAAGUAAAUAGGAAGAAUUAACAUCCAAGUACAGGAGUCAACUAAGCAGUGUUUGAUUAAAUCCCUGCAAUUUCAUAUAAAUCAAUUUUUAUUUUCAAAGAGUGAUUCUGAUAAAAAAAAAGAUAUAUUGGCUUUGAACAAAGAGAAAUGUCUCUAUAACAGUGAUAUUUCACUUAUAUGUGAAGAUGUUGAGUGUUUCUGAGUAAGAAUCAGUGUAUGUAAUAGAGUUUCCUGUGGAAACUUAACAUUUUCCAGACAAUUGGUGAUUAGUGGAGGUUUGGAAACGCUAACAUUAGAAGCUUCAAUACAUUGAUGUUAAAAUUACUGCCCUUCCUUUUAAAUAAAAAAAGAAAUAAGAUCAAGUGGGAUAGGAAUAAUUGUAAAAUGAACAGCUCACCAACACUGGCAAUUUUGAUGCAGAACAAAUGUUAUUCUUGUGUUCACCUUACACAUUGUAAUUUCAUGCAUUUUUCAAAUGAAUUUUAUAUUUAUAAGAAGUAAUUCUUUCAUCAGAAUAGAUUAUCAUUUGUAUCUUGAACUACAUGUACUAUAAAAGAUGUUUUUCCUCACUCAAUUUCCAAUAACAAUUUGUUAACAAUUUAUUAGGAUUUGAAAAUAUAGAUAAAAUGAAAAACAUUACUUUUUGUAGAUUACUAAUAAUAAAACUUGCUUUUAACUUCUUCUGUGUUUACGUACCAUAAUUUACACCUCCAGUUAUUUUACGAUAAAAUUUCAGUAAGAGUAUAGAAAUGUUGCACGACUUUGAGCACUACAAAUCACAAAGUGACUUAAUCGUAUCUUGUGUUGAAGUCUUUGUGGUGUUUAAUGAAUAGUAAGUAAGAUGAAAUCCAUAAUUUGAAGUCUUUUGUUACAUCAUCCAUAUUCUGACCAAUUAAUAAGUAUUUGUUUGAAAAACAAACAAAAAAAAAACAUGCUUUUAAGGGAGGGGGC